CGUUCUUUACUCUCUAUUACUCUGCCUGCAUUUUUCGUCUGAAAUAAAUAACACUCCAUUCAGGACUAUACAACUGAACUCUUCAUCGCCCUGUGACCAACACAGCAACAACUGGCUACAAGGAACUCGACUCGCUUCAAUUUGAAACCACUACCUAUCUAGGAAAGAACAACAUGACCCAACGACUUGACCUCGCUAUCGCACCCGGAAAGCACCUUGGCUGGUUCAGACUCGGUAUGUCCCUCUGGGAUGUUAUCCGUCUACUCCGCGAGCAGGCUGCAUUGGUUUCCGUGGUUGAGCUCAAAUAUAGCGAAGAGGACCCUUUUGCUGCGGAUAUUGUCCUGAAACUUCCUUCGAACGGGAUCGAGUUACGGUUCGAGCCAUAUUCUCAACGCCUAAAGCUGAUCACAGUUUAUGACUUUAUGAAAUCACUGCGGCUAACGUAUUCGGGAUCCGAGUUUUCGUCGCCCAAAGUCGUGCCGACUUGUGCGCUCGUCAACAAGCUAAUUGGGCCACCGUUUCCGGGAGAGUUUGAUAGUUCGAGGAAUCUGUACACACUUAGCUAUCCGGGAUUAUCCUUUGUGUUUCCAAUUCCUGAGAAGCAUAUACUCCUAUAUCAACAGUCCGCAGAGGUGCCUAUGGAGUUUCCUGAUGGGAGUACACCGGUCUGCACGCACAUGUACAUAUACCACGGUGCGGACUGGAUGAAUGCCACACCGGUCUCUGUAGCGACCCUUGCACGCAACAUCCAGGACAGCAGCAGCUCAGGCCAUCAUAGUGGGCGGACCGGAGAGGGCAGAGCAGAGCUGGAAAGGGUCGUGGCAAAGAUCAACUAUGGCGCAUUGCUUCAGUUUGCAGGGGCAACACAACCCCAGAAAUGCGUUAUUCAGCUCCAUGUCACGACACCGCAGGAUUUAUUGGCAGAUCUGGGAUCACCGGGCAGCAUUUACUACAAGGAGGACGACAAAAUGCAAAUUCAUUCUGAUACUGAGGGUGUCACGCCGAUCCAAACAGAGGAUGAUGGUAUACUGGGUGAAAUGGAAGAUAUUGGAUACGAUCGAGCAAACCGUCCAGCACAAGGAUCACAGCAGCCGAACGACUACUUUUACAACUACUUUCAUUUGGGCAUUGACGUCCUCUUUGACGGAAGCACGCAUCGGUGCAAGAAGAUCGUCAUGCAUACCAACAUACCUGGACAUUUCGAUUUCCAGAGCUACAAGAGAUGUCCGUUUAUUCUGCACCUGCCUUCACCCUCGACGCCCUCGGACACCGAGGCCGCCAGGCUCCCACCGAUCCCUCCUUUGCCAGCACCCGUCACAGAGACCAUGAAGACAGGGAGGAAGAAGAACCGGAAUUCUGCUGCCGCGGCCAUUCAGGAGGGGUCCGAGAACAACCAGCCGUCGUUUUAUUCGUCAGAUAGCGCGCGUGGAUCACCGGAUCUGCUUGGAACUUCGCCAAACCCGAGUUCCGACCAGGAGUUUGUGGGAUCCCAGCACCAACAGCAACAGCAACAGCAGCAACAGGUGCAGGCGUCACCAACGAAUUACAAUGCGAUGCUAGGCGGUCUGACCGCGGUUUCCCCGGAGAAGGGUAUCACGCCCGAUAUGAAGAUACAGAUGAUUAUGGCGUUGUUGGAUCCAACGGGCUCGCUCGCCAGUGGUGCGGGGGUCCCUAAUAAGCAGGGGCUGAUCCUGAAUCGGGGGUCGAGCACGCAGAAUCCGUUCAAGUACACGACGCUGUAUGGCACGGAUGGGGUGGUUUUCGAGACGAUGUUUAAUGGUCAUGUGGCGACCGUUUUCUUGUAUUGAGGGCUUCGCGCCGUUGCGAUGCAAGUCUUUUGCUUGUAUCUUAUCACGAUGCAGCCGUCGAGUCACUUGACGUAUUUUUGUAUACAUUAAUUACGAAAUAAACAAUAAAGGAAAACAAGACGAU